CGUGCAAGUAAUAAUUGCAAAAUCCGGUCUCCUGUCUCUCUCUCUCUAAAAAACCUCAAACCCCAUCGCCUCUCUCUCUCUCUAAGAAACCUCAAACCCCAUCUCUCUCUCCCCGUGGCUCUGAGCACAAACAGAAGAAGAAGAAAAUGGGUACACUGUGUGGGCUUACAGUGACCACAGUUCUCUUGUUUUUUCUCCUCUUUGUCUCUCUAUCUCACUCCUUCUACCUUCCUGGCGUUGCUCCUCGCGAUUUCCAGACUGGAGACCCCUUGCCAGUCAAAGUGAACAAAUUAUCAUCUACUAAAACACAACUUCCAUAUGACUACUACUAUCUAGACUAUUGUAAGCCUGGCAAGAUUUUGAACAGUGCUGAAAACUUGGGGGAAGUUCUUCGAGGUGACCGCAUUGAGAAUUCUGUCUAUACUUUCCAAAUGAGGAAGGAGCAAUCAUGUCAAGUAGCCUGUAAAAAAAAACUUAAUGCUGAAACUGCUAAGAAUUUUAAGGAAAAAAUCGAUGAUGAAUAUCGAGUUAACAUGAUUUUAGAUAACCUUCCAGUUGCUGUCCUUAGACAGAGGAGGGAUGGAAUUCAGUCAACAACUUACGAACAUGGUUUCCGUGUUGGGUUCAAAGGAAACUAUGCUGGGAGCAAAGAGGAGAAAUAUUUCAUUAAUAACCACUUGAGCUUUAGAGUCAUGUAUCACAAGGAUCUUGAGACUGAUUCGGCUCGGAUUGUAGGGUUUGAGGUUACCCCAAACAGCAUUAAUCAUGAAUACAAGGAUUGGGAUGAUAAGAACCCUCAAUUAGCAACGUGCAACAAAGACACCAAAAAUUUAGUGCAAGGUAACGUCGUUCCACAAGAAGUUGAGACAGAUAAGGAGGUUGUUUUUACAUUUGAUGUUUCCUUUAAGGAAAGUGAUAUCAAAUGGGCAUCUCGAUGGGACACAUACCUCCUCAUGAAUGAUGAUCAGAUCCACUGGUUCUCCAUUAUAAACUCUCUGAUGAUUGUCCUUUUCCUUUCUGGCAUGGUGGCCAUGAUCAUGAUGAGAACUCUGUACAGAGAUAUUGCCAAUUACAAUCAAUUGGACACCCAAGAUGAGGCCCAGGAAGAAACAGGAUGGAAACUUGUCCAUGGAGAUGUUUUCAGGGCACCGAUCAAUUCUGGUUUACUUUGUGUUUAUGUUGGUACAGGUGUUCAGAUCUUUGCAAUGACACUUGUGACAAUGAUUUUUGCUUUGCUUGGGUUCUUAUCUCCUUCCAACCGAGGGGGGCUUAUGACUGCCAUGGUACUGUUGUGGGUUUUCAUGGGCUUGUUAGCUGGUUACUCCUCAGCACGCCUGCACAAGAUGUUUAAGGGCACAGAGUGGAAAAGGAAUACCUUGAAAACUGCAUUUAUGUUUCCUGGCAUUCUUUUCGCAGUAUUUUUUGUUCUGAAUGCCUUAAUUUGGGAGGAGCGAUCUUCUGGGGCAGUACCCUUUGGAACAAUGUUUGCUCUUUUCUGCUUAUGGUUUGGUAUAUCAGUGCCCUUGGUCUUUGUGGGUAGUUACUUGGGAUUCAAAAAACCAGCCAUUGAAGACCCUGUGAAGACUAACAAAAUCCCCAGACAAGUACCAGAGCAGGCAUGGUACAUGAAGCCAGUCUUCUCUAUACUUAUUGGAGGCAUUCUUCCAUUUGGGGCUGUUUUCAUUGAGCUCUUCUUCAUCCUAACAUCAAUAUGGCUAAACCAGUUCUAUUACAUCUUUGGCUUCCUUUUUAUAGUCUUCGUUAUCCUUCUAAUCACUUGUGCGGAGAUAACAGUUGUGCUCUGCUACUUCCAGUUGUGUAGUGAAGACUACCACUGGUGGUGGAGAUCAUACUUGACUGCCGGCUCCUCUGCCCUCUACCUGUUCCUUUACUCCGUCUUCUAUUUCUUCACCAAGUUGGAGAUCACAAAGCUGGUUUCAGGCAUCCUUUACUUUGGGUACAUGGUAAUUGUAUCCUACGCUUUCUUUGUCUUGACGGGAACCAUUGGCUUCUAUGCAAGCUUCUGGUUUGUUCGAAAGAUUUACUCCUCUGUUAAAAUCGACUGAUCUAAAGAUGCAGAAAGAGGGUGAUGAGGAUGAGGAUGAAUUCCAGACCACGACAGGAAGCAUAGAAGGGAUAAAGAUUAAAUUGAAAGCUAUUUUGCAAUCUCUUCAAAACCUUGUCUAUGUUGACGGUAGCAUGGGCUUGGCCUGUUUGUUUACACCUUUGUUAAUGUCAUGAACAGUAGCUUAGUAGUUUUCUUGCAAGAAGCUUGAGCAGUGACUAAAGUAUGGAUACUUAUAUAAUAUCCAUAUGGUUACAACUGAUCUUUGAUGUGUCUCAAGUGGUUUGAUUUCUUGUUAUCUGGUUAGGAGCACUUAUAAUUGAUAUUUUAGAAAUCAAAUAAUGCAGCUCUAGAGGCAAUAGGUAAUGUAUUUUUGUUGCACCUGCAUUGUUGUGAAUUGUAGUUUGUAAUAAUUAAAUAUUCCUUGAUUUUCUGGCC